CACACGCUCUUACAGCUUUGUGUGGAUUAUCAACCUGUCAGCUGUGGAAGGAGCUAAGAAAGAAUCCUGGCACUGUUCAGAUGGCACCUAUAUUUAACAAAGCGCGUUCGCAUUGAAACCCAAAAAUGGUAGAUAGUAGAAGCUGUAAAGAAAAACUAGACCAAGUAUUGAAAAGAACAAGUUGUGAACUAUUUAACGAUAUGUGAGAGACACGGUGGUAUUUGGAAAGAGAGCUGACAGAUGCAACACAAUACCAAUCUGGUGUAAACCAUCGGCCAGGAGGAGUCUGAGCUGCCUGUCUGUUGGGACACUUCCAUCGUGGGAAUUCAAGACAUGAAAACCAUCACGCUGCUCUGAUGUGGCCUCACUGCAGAGACCCCAGAGCAGAAAUAUGUCAUUUGCUUUCUUUCAACGCUUGUGACUGAUGACAAAAUAGGCUGCUGUUUGAAUUUUUUUGUCACAUCAAUCAUAGACAGAAACAGUCAGGUCUGUUUUUUAUUCAUUCGCUGAGGAUCACUUAAUGAGGGACCAGAAGGACGAUCUGACAACAUAUUGGAUCUUUGUCAGCCACGUGUUUUGAUGACUGUAUCUUCAUUUUGGAGACAAGAGUCAUUUCAUAUACAGUUAAAAUGAAAUGGGAGAAGCUGAAGCCCCCAGAGCCAGACGAUCCUCUGUGUUGCUGUGAGUGUGAUGUCUACCAGUGUGGAUGCUGUGAUUGUGAAGAUCUGGAUCAAGCUUGUAACAGGUGGCUAAAAGGCAAACAACCUAAAUAUGGAUGUCAGUCUCCUGUGUUUGGUGCAAUGAUCGACAACAUGGAGCUUUCCAUGAUUCCGGUACUGGUGUCACUGCCGCUCCUGAUGCGGGUUGCGGCGCUGCACUACCUUCUGGGUAUCAUUGUUCUUACAGCUCUGCCCGGUCUGAUGUUGUGGUACUACUAUGCCACCCACCGAAAGAGGAAACGCACUAUCUUCUUCCUGACGCUCCUGCUCUACUCCCUGGCGUACAUGUAUUAUCUCUUCAUCACAGAGAUUGUGCCUCGUGAGGAUGUUAGUCAGCUGCAGGUGUGCACUGUGACCACUGGGGUGGUUCUCACCCUCGCCUUGCUUAUUCGCACCAAGAAGGGCCCAGGUUUUGUGACUGCAUCCUUGUACGAGGCCCACUGUCAGAGCCGGGAGGCGCACAAAGACCCAGUCUACCUUAACGGAUCUGUCCAAUCAGUGGUGUCUUCCUUGAAUACUGUAGCAGAGGUGAGGAAGCAGACUUCGGAUCCAAAAUGGAGCAGGUGUCCUGUGUGCCAAAUAAUGCGCCCGCCACGGACAGGACACUGUCGAACCUGUGGAGCCUGUGUCCAGCGUUUAGACCACCAUUGCAUCUGGUGUUGCAGGAUAAACAGCUGUGUGGGAAAAGCCAACCACCGCAGUUUUCUGCUGACCCUAUCGGUGUUCUUGUUGACCUCUUUGUAUGGGAUCACUUUGGUGCUCAGCAGUCUCUGCCCUCACCAGUAUCUUGUGACGGCUCUUUUCUACUGUCCCGGUGUCUACAGUCAGUCCAGCACGUCCAUUUGCUUCAGCUGUGCUUGGUACAGCAGCAUUGUCACAGGAGGACUGCUGUACCUGUUGGUGGCACAAAUUCUCAACAUCAGCUUCAAUGUGACGGAGCGAGAGGCUCAGCUGGCCCUCAGGAACAAGACAGGCCAGAGCCGUCUGUGGGGGCUUGUCAUCGAUACAGGACAUUAUUCACGUGGCUUCUACCAGAACUGGGUUGACUUCCUCACCAUGGCAGACGCUGCGCUUUCUCCUCAGUCAGACUCUACUGACCUGGUCUAGUUUCACUUCAUAGUUUCAGUGAGAACACAGUCUGGCUAUCUGCUGUUUGAAGAAUCACUUUUCAUGUAUAAUUAUUCAUUUUGAAAAAAAAAAAAGAUUAAUUGCAAAAUAUAAUACUCAUUUAUACAUAGACAUUUUACGUACACUAAAAUUUUGAUACAAAUUGUGUAAAUUGGUGAACAAAAAAAUGACUACUGCUGCCACUGUUACUAGCAACA